GGGCGGGGCAAGAAGCCAACGUCGUUGCAGACGGCAGGAGUGUGGCGUUGUUGUCGCCUGGCAUCACGAAGCGGCGAUUGCCGCGGUGCUCCUCAUUACCGCGUGUGCCCUUCUCCUUCAUUGGGCAGAGGAAGGAGGCACGCUGGUGCGGCCUCCCCACUCACUUCGUUUCCAGCGCCGCCGCCAAGGGCCGCGGCUCAAUGGGCGGGCCUUUGCGUGUUAUAGUGUGACAAGCACAUGCCUUUGCCAAUGGCGUGCGAGGGCUCAGCCCACCGGCCAAUCCGUAGCGUGGAGAGGGCGGGACAAGUGGGGGCGGGCGUCUCAUUUGCGAGGCCGGCCUCCCAGCCAACGGGCGGAGCGGGAGGAGGGUCGGCAGCCAGCGAGGGAGGAGGCCGCGCUCCGCAGCCUUUUGGCGUUCGUUGUUCCCCGGGCGGAGCCGCCCCCGGCACUGAGGAGAAGGGGGCUCAGCGCGGCGGCGUCUCAGCGGCAGUAUUUUGCAUUUCUGCAGAGCUUUGCACAGAUCCUGUUCCCAUGCAAACUGAUGAGGGAGAAAUACUGGAGGAAGGCAGUCCCAAGGUCAGUGAGAUGGAACAUGAGGAUUUUGUAAUGGAGGGGCAUGGCAAGACUCCACCUCCUGGUGAAGAAAACAAACAAGAGAAGGAGCAAGAAAGGGAAGAACAGUUAAUGGAAGACAAGAAAAGGAAGAAGGAGGAUAAGAAAAAGAAGGAAUCUGCUCAGAAGGUCACAGAUCAAAAAACCAAAGUGCCCGAAGUGACGAAACCAAGUUUAAGCCAACCAGUGGCUGCCAGCCCAAUUGGCAACUCUCCAUCGCCACCAGUCAAUGGUGGCAACAAUGCCAAAAGGGUGGCAGUGCCGAACGGACAACCGCCAAGCGCCGCCCGCUACAUGCCUCGGGAGGUGCCGCCGCGAUUCCGUUGCCAGCAGGACCACAAAGUGUUACUGAAACGUGGGCAGCCCCCUCCACCAUCCUGUAUGCUCCUUGGGGGUGGAGCAGGGCCUCCUCCCCCUACAGCACCAGGAGCAAACCCAAACAACGCACAACCAGUGACAGGAGCACUGCUGCAGAGCGACAGUGGGACUGCAACAGAUUCAACAAUUGGAGGUGCUGCUGCUUCAAAUUAUGCAAAUUCCACUUGGGGUCCUGGAGCCUCCUCCAGCAGCGGCACCAACGCCAACCCAACUCACAUCUGGGACAAGGUGAUUGUAGACGGGUCUGACAUGGAAGAGUGGCCUUGUAUCGCCAGCAAAGAUGCUGAGUCUUCUUCCGAAAACACCACCGAUAACAACAGUGCCUCGAACCCUGGCUUGGAGAAGAACACUCUGCCAGGAAGCACCACUAGUAACAAAGGAAAAGGAAGCCAGUGCCAGUCUGGAAGCGCUGGAAAUGAAUGUAAUCUUGGGGCCUGGAAAUCUGAUCCCAAGGCUAAAUCUGUUCAAUCUUCCAACCCUGCUACCGAGAGUAACAGUGGACUAAGUAAUUGGAGGAACUUGACUGGACAAGAUAGAAUUGGUUCUGGUUCUGGCUUCAGCAACUUUAACCCAAAUAGCAACCCGUCUGCUUGGCCAGCACUGGUCCAAGAGGGCAAUUCUAGGAAAGGGACUUCGGAAUCUGAUAGUGGUAGCUCCAAUGCACAGAUUAGCACAGUAGGUCAGACCUCUAGGGAACAGCAGUCAAAGAUGGAAAAUGCGGGUGUUAACUUUGUCUCUGGCAGAGAACAGGCUCAAAUUCAUAACACUGAUGGACCAAAAAAUGGAAACACUAACUCCUUGAACUUAAGUUCACCAAACCCUAUGGAGAAUAAGGGAAUGCCCUUUGAAAUGGGCUUGGGGAACCCUUCCAGGAGCACUGACACCCCUUCACAAAGCACUGGAGAAAGAAAGACUGGGAGUGUUGGAUCUUGGGGUACAGCUAGGGGGUCUUCUGGAACUGACACAGUCUCUGGACAGAGCAAUUCUGGAAACCAUGGGAACAAUGGAAAGGAUAGGGAGGACUCCUGGAAAGGAGCUUCUGUUCAAAAACCUAAUGGGUCAAGAAGCGAUUCUUGGGAUAACAAUAACCGGUCUACGGGUGGUGGGUCUUGGAACUUUGGCCCUCAGCAUGCAAAUGAAAGCAAAUGGGGUGAAGGGAACAAAUUAACAUCUGGGGUCUCUCAGGGAGAAUGGAAACAGCUGUCUGGGUCUGAUGAACUGAAGAUUGGAGAAUGGAGUGGUCCAAACCAACCAAAUUCUAGCACUGGAGCAUGGGACAAUCAAAAAGGCCACCCUCUUCCUGAAAACCAAGGCAAUUCCCAGGCUCCCUGUUGGGGAAGAUCUUCCAGCUCUGCAGGAAGUGAGGUUGGAGGUCAAAGCACUGGAAGCAACCACAAAGCAGGAAGUAGUGACAGUCACAAUUCUGGACGCCGAUCAUACAGGCCUACGCAUCCUGAUUGCCAGGCAGUCUUGCAGACUUUGCUGAGCAGGACUGAUUUGGACCCCCGAGUGCUUUCAAACACUGGCUGGGGCCAAACUCAAAUUAAGCAAGAUACCGUAUGGGAUAUUGAAGAGAUGCCACGGUCCGAGGGGAAGUCUGAUAAAGGAACUGAGGGGUGGGAGAGCUCUGCCACACAGACAAAGAACUCAGGGGGCUGGGGCGAUGUACCCAGCCAAAGCAAUCAAAUCAAGUCUGGAUGGGGUGAGCUCUCAACCCCAACAGAAUGGAAGGACCCCAAAAAUACUGGAGGAUGGAAUGACUAUAAGAACCCCAAUUCGUCUAAUUGGGGAGGGGGAAGACAAGAAGAGAAAUCGUCAUCUUCUUGGAAUGACAGCUCUAGUAAGGAUCAGGGGUGGGGUGGACGGCAGCCUAAUCAAGGAUGGUCUUCUGGAAAGAAUGGUUGGGGAGAGGAAGUUGACCAAGCAAAAAACAGCAACUGGGAAAGUGCGGGAAAUAAGCCAGCAUCUGGUUGGGGUGAAGGUGGGCAAAAUGAGAUUGGAACUUGGGGUAACGGUGCAAAUACAGGCUCUGCUUCAAAGGGUGGUUGGGAUGAUUGUAAAAGAAAUUCAACGUGGAACGAGACGGGUCGACAGCCCAACUCCUGGAACAAGCAGCAGCAGCAGCAACAGCAGCAACAGCAAGAGACUUCUGGUUCCUGGGGUCCACCGCCACAAACUCCAAGUAAUGGGCGACCUCCAAACCCAAACUGGAACAGCGGACCACAACCAGCUGCCCCCAAAGACGAGGAGCCUAGUGGCUGGGAAGAACCUUCUCCACAGUCAAUCAGUCGAAAAAUGGAUAUUGAUGAUGGCACUUCAGCGUGGGGAGAUCCUAGCAGUUAUAACUACAAGAAUGUGAACCUGUGGGACAAGAACUCACAAGGGGGACAGGCCCCACGGGAACAGAGCCUGCCUACUCCAAUGACUAGCAAAUCACAAGCAUCAGUCUGGAGCAAAAGCACUCCACCUGCUCCAGAUAAUGGUACGUCCGCCUGGGGUGAGCCAAAUGAAACCAGUCCCGGGUGGGGUGAAGUAGAUGAUACAGGAGCAUCGACAACAGGCUGGGGGAAUGCACCUUCCAACGCCCCGAAUGCCAUGAAAUCUAGUUCUAAAUCUAUGCAAGAUGGCUGGGGAGAGAGUGAUGGGCCAGUGACAGGAACACGUCAUUCCAGCUGGGAAGAGGAGGAGGAGGGAGGAGUCUGGAACACAGCAGGCUCUCAGGGAAGCAGUUCCUCCCACAACUCAACAAGCUGGGGGCAAGGAGGAAAGAAAACGCAGAUGAAGUGCUCGUUAAAAGGAGGAAAUAGUGAUUCAUGGAUGAACCCUAUAUCCAAGCAGUUUUCAAAUAUGGGCUUGCUAAGUCAAACUGAGGACAUUCCAGGCAAUAAGAUGGACUUGUCUGUAGGUGGUCUCCCAGAUAAGAAGUUUGAGGUAGAUAAACGAGCCAUGAAUCUCGGGGAUUUUAAUGACAUAAUGAGAAAGGAUCGAUCUGGGUUCCGUCCACCUAAUUCCAAAGACAUGGGAACCACAGAUAGUGGGCCUUAUUUUGAGAAGCUGACUUUGCCUUUCUCCAAUCAAGAUGGGUGCCUUGGGGAUGAGGCUCCCUGCUCUCCCUUCUCCCCUUCUCCCAGCUACAAGCUGUCUCCCUCUGGUUCCACACUAUCCAACGUCGGCCUUGGAGCAAUCGGCUCAGGGCUCAGUCCCCAAAACUACGCUGCUAGACAAGGUGGCAAUCAUGGUUUGUUUGGAAACAGCACAGCACAAUCGAGGGGCAUGCACACACCAGUGCAGCCACUAAAUCCUUCCCCCAAUAUCCGGGCGCAAGUGCCUCCCCAAUUUCUUUCUCCCCAGGUUUCGGCCUCCAUGCUCAAACAGUUCCCCAACAGUGGCUUGAAUCCAGGUCUUUUCAAUGUGGGGCCCCAGCUUUCUCCACAACAGAUUGCCAUGCUGAGCCAGCUUCCACAGAUUCCCCAGUUUCAAUUAGCAUGUCAGCUCCUCCUUCAGCAGCAGCAGCAGCAGCAGCAGCUGUUACAGAGCCAGAGGAAGUUAUCUCAAGCUGUGCGACAGCAGCAGGAGCAACAGGUGGGGCACUGUUUCUGUCAGUCAUGUGAAAGCAUAAAGUGUACUAACACUAUUGCUCGUAUGGUGAGUGCCCUCCAGCAGCAGCAGCAGAGGCAGCCUGGCAUGAAGCAUUCACCAUCCCACCCUGUUGGGCCUAAGCCACAUAUAGACAGCAUGGUACCCAAUCCUUUGAAUGUGGGUCUUUCAGAUUUACAGACCAAAGGACAAAUACCUGGAUACGGUUCAGGCUUUGGCUCAAGCAGCAUGGAUUAUGGCAUGGUGGGAGGGAAAGAAGCUGGAACAGAAUCCCGCUUUAAACAGUGGACUAUGAUGGAAGGGCUGCCCUCUGUGGCUUCACAAGAUGCCAAUAUGCACAAAAAUGGUGCAAUAGUGCCCCCUGGAAAGGCUCGCGGAGGAUCGCCCUACAACCAGUUCGACAUAAUUCAGGGCGACCCACUAGGCGGCCAUGCAGGCCCUGCUGGUGAUAGUUGGUUACCUGCCAAAUCUCCACCGACAAACAAGAUCGGAAGCAAAUCCAGCAACGCCAGCUGGCCUCCAGAGUUCCAACCAGGAGUGCCAUGGAAAGGUAUACAAAACAUUGACCCUGAAUCUGACCCCUACGUGACCCCUGGAAGUGUGCUGGGGGGGACAGCCACAUCUCCCAUUGUAGAUACUGACCACCAACUUCUGCGGGACAACACCACAGGGUCUAAUUCUUCCCUCAACACCUCGCUGCCUUCACCUGGUGCCUGGCCCUACAGUGCCUCUGACAAUUCCUUCACCAACGUUCAUAGCACUUCAGCAAAAUUCAGUGAUUACAAAUCAACAUGGUCCCCAGAUCCCAUAGGACACAAUCCCACUCAUCUCUCCAACAAGAUGUGGAAAAACCAUAUUUCCUCAAGGAACACUACAGGGCUGCCUCGCCCGCCUCCUGGCCUGACCAACCCCAAACCAUCAUCUCCAUGGAACAGCACAGCACCCCGAUCGGUCAGGGGCUGGGGGGCACAGGACUCAAGGCUUGCCUCUGGUGAGAAGGAUCAUCUGAUAACGCCAUUGAUCAGACCUGAGGAGUGUGCAUUUUACAGCACUAAUGGUUUGGAGGAGAGAAAGUUGCAGUUGCCUGCAUCUACUUGGAGUGAUGGUAGCUCAGUUCGUCCUAGCUACUGGCUGGUUCUUCACAAUCUCACUCCACAGAUCGAUGGGUCAACCUUGAGGACGAUCUGCAUGCAGCAUGGUCCACUGCUGACAUUCCAUCUGAACCUGACCCAGGGCACCGCUCUCAUCCGAUACAACACCAAACAGGAGGCGGCCAAGGCCCAGACUGCACUGCACAUGUGUGUGUUGGGAAACACUACCAUCCUUGCUGAGUUUGCCACAGAUGAAGAGGUUAGUCGCUUUUUGACACAAGCUCAGCCCCCUACACCUGCAGCAACCCCAAGUGCACCCACGGCAGGCUGGCAAUCCCUGGAGACAGGACAGAACCAGACAGAUCCAGUUGGACCUGCUUUGAAUCUCUUUGGUGGGUCAACAGGGCUUGGGCAGUGGAGCAGUGGUGGCGGCGGCAGCAGUGGGGGUGAUCUCACUGGCGCUUCGUUGUGGGGGCCCCCAAACUAUUCUUCAAGCUUGUGGGGGGUCCCAAGCGUAGAGGAUCCACACAGAAUGGGCAGCCCUGCUCCCUUACUACCUGGAGACCUUCUGGGAGGAGGGUCGGAUUCAAUCUGAACUUAGAACUUUCAACUCUGACCUCGUGACCUUUUUUGGAACAGCAGCAGCACUAACUUGACCUUUUCGUUUUUUUCAACUUGCAAUAAAUACAUUUAUAAAAGGAAAAAAGAAAACGGAGAGAGAAAAAAAGGUGGGUCAUUGACAGACUGUAUGAGCACAUAGUUGCCUCCCUUAUAUAACUUCAGUUUUUUCGUUUGGAAUAUGAAUCCAAAAAGAGAACAUAUCACUCUUGAAAUACUUGAAUCAUGAACGCCAACUUAGAAAGACAAUGUGAAGCAAGUACACGUACCAUUUAAAUUUAAACACAAAAAAUUAAAAAAAUUAGUUUCUAGUUUUUCACUUUUUCAUGUUAUACGGAAGUUGUUGCUAAGAAACAUAUAUACUGAAAAAAUAGCUUUUUAACUUUGUUUGCACUGGGUGUGUUUCCGUCCUUAGGUCUACCAUGUUGGGUUGGGGUAGGGGUGGGGUUCAAAAGAAAAAAGGGGUGGGGGGGAGGGGAAGACUUGACGGAGCCUCACUUUAAAAACAAAAACAGACAAAAAAAAUUAAAAAAGAAAAAAAAGAAAAAAAAACAACAACAACAACAAAAAAAAAACCAACACUUUGUGAUUGGCUGGUUGAUAAGUACCAGUGUGUUCUGGCACAUGUAACUGCCCACGUGUGCUUGUUUCUGUGUGAGUGCGUGUGCACAUAUUCGUGUGUGUGCAUUUUUUCUCUCUAUAUAUAAUCUUGAAACGCUGCAUUGCUGAUGGUCUAUGGGCUGGCUGGCCAUCUGCGUGUCUUGCUUUUGAAAACAAGACAGGCACGGUGGAGUCCCUGUGGCUGAAGCAGAAUCCAGUUGGGCUGGAUUAAAAUUUGUCAGUAAGUUUUUUUUAAAAUUCAUUUUAGCAGGGUGCUAUCUCAAAUUUGCAGAUCAUACUGAAUGGGUAGUUGCUUCCUAGCCCUUGUUCUAACCCUGUGGUAGAGCAGAACACUGCCAUAUCCAAAGGAUUUGGUGAGAGGGGAGCCAGUGUUGUCUUUUGAGUAGCAGUGUAUUUAUUUAUUUAUGUCUGCAUGUGGGGGUUUUGUAUGGAGUGAACCCUAGAAUGUUUGUUAUAUAAUGCAAUCCAUUUUUUUUUUCUUCUGAAGAGAGGAAAAGGGGAGGAAGGAAGACAUUGCCAUUUUUUGGGUGACAAAGAAGAAUGUUCUAUUCUCUUGUGAGCUUCAGAACCUUGAAAAAUAACAAAAAGAUAAGUUUCUUUUCUCCCCCGAAUGCAUAAAUAAGCACCCAUGUUCAUUCUUGACGAAUCCAUCAAAAGCUUGAAAGUCCAGCCCAACCAAAUUAGCCUUUCAAUUGAUUUACUGCUUGUUUUAAAACUGACAAAAGUGAAAUUGUGUCAGCAAACCGCUGGCCGGCCUGCCUCAUCCCCUGAGAGCACAUGCAGCUGACUCCCUUCUGCGUCCUUCACGGUGAGCGUUACCUGUGCCAGGCCUUGGUGUAUUACAACGCCAGACCAUCACUGACAGAAACGUUUACUUACGAAUGUUCUUAAACCAGUGUGUACUUCAAACGUUUCCUUUUGUUUCUCUGUGUUGUGUUUUUUCCUGUGUACGUGGUUUUGCUUAGGGAGGUAUAUAACUAGCAAAGACUUUUUUUUUUUAAAGUAUUGCACCUUUUUGUUUUUUGUUUUUACUUUUUCUGUACUGUUGCUUUUUAAUUUCUGUAUUUAAGGAAAGGUUUGGGGUUUUUUUAGCAUCAGUGUAAGUAGUACUCUGGGCAGGAUAGGGGUGACCUAUGUAAUCCACAGUGAUAGCCAGUGUGUGCGUGCAUGUGUGCGCUGGGAACAAAACUUCCGAGACUGCUUGUUGUGAAGAGCUGUAGCAGCCUUGAAGGAGCAUCUCUUUACACAAAGCCAGAAGUCAUUUGGAGGAAGGCUGGGAAAAGAGGGAAGAGAGGUGCCGGUACUUUUCGUGUCAGUGCUAGCGUCUGUGUGGCGUUGUCUAGCCGUUUUACUGUCUAACAAAGUGCCGACGUUCAGUACCAGCAACUGCCUGUCCAUUCCAACCCUCAGCAGGAGCAGUUCUCGGUUGAUAUUACCUGUCGAGGGGAGGAUAGGAGAGUCUCCAGCGUUUUCAUUGAAGGAUCCAACAGUGUCUAAUACAUUUAAGCAGGGCUUAGGUGGGGAGAAGCAGGAGCAGCCUCAAGUAGGGUAGGGGUGUGUGUGUGUGCGUCUGGGUGCGUGUGCCUGUGGGUUGGGGCGGGGGGAAGGGCUGGGGAGUUUUGUGGCUUUUUUCAAUUCGCCCUUUCUGUGUAAACCCAGUGUCACAAGGAUGACUGACUGAGGGAAAUGCUGCAUUUACACAUGCCUGUAGAUUUGUACACAAGGUGUUACGUGACAAAAAGUAUGAGUAGGUUUGUAUUUGCUUAGUAAACUGGAGUGUGCAGCAUACUCUGGCUCCAUUGGAAUAUACUUUUCUAUCACAUCUCCUUCAUCCCACCAUGCACAAAGAAAAUUUCCUCUUCCAGCUCCUGCUAGCUAGUGCCCCUCGCGUGCACGCAUCCUUAGAGCUUUGUUUCUGACAGUCUCCGCUCAAAGCCCAGCCGUGCUCCCACAGGCAGAGCAGGUUCCUAAAAGCCUUGCGCCAGCAGUUCUUCCUAGCGAAGCACCUUUGGCCCGAGUCAGCCAGUGCCCCUUCUCCCCCAUGGUUUGCUCUCCACGCUGGUUCAUCGCUGUGUGCCACCCUCACUUCUCUCUCCCAGCCUGCCCUACAGUCCCUUUUCCUGCACUUUGGGUUAGUUGAGUUCAUUGCGAUACUACGGUGAAAGCCGGGUGCUAGUGCCCCUCUUGUUUACAAGACGUAAUGAGGGAUUUGAAAUAUUUAAAAAGAAAAGCUAAAUUGUUCUUCCAUUGUAAGCUUAAAGGGAAAAAAAAAUUAAAACAUACAAAAAAAAAAAAAAAAAAAAAAAAAGACCAAAAAGUGCAUAUAUAUAUUUUAGAUGAAGACUAACUCUGGGAGCAUUUAACAGUGUUUUUGUUUUAAUUUUAACAUUUUAUUUUCCUGCUUUAAAUUUGCAAGCAUUCUCAGGAAUUCUAGGGUAGGAAGCCAGUUUUUUGAAGAUGGUUUAUUUAACCUUAUCCUAGAUAGGUGGCUGUUUCUUGUUGAUAAACUUUUACAAGUUCCUGAAUCUUCAAAAUGUUUGAAAGUUUUUACUUUAAAAUAAAAAAGCUAAAAAAAUUAAUAAAAAGAAAAAGAAAAAAAAAUGAAAAAAAUCUCCAAAUGUUACUGUCAGGCGGGGGGGGCAAGGAUUGUAAAGACUGAGUAAAUGAAAACACGUUAAGAGAACUUCUUGGUAUCAGCAACAGAAAUCCAUUGUGAUCUGAAGUUGUGCUAGAAGAAGGGUUCUCAUUUGUAGUGCUUUGGUACUCAUGCAGAUGUGUGCAUUUGCAUGGGAAAGAGAAGUGUGCGAAUGGAAAUCUAUUACUAUGUUCCCUUUUGAUUUGAAACUAAAAUAUUCUUCCAAGCACCUUUUUAAAAGCAAAGUGAAACUGUAAACCUAACAAAGAUGCAGUAUAGUUUUAACUGAAAGGGUCCUCAGUGAGGAGGAGCAGCAGGAAAUACACGAUGUUGCUUCUUUAAACCACUUCUAAGUAGUGCUAAAUACCAGUGCUGACAGAACGCUGAAGAAAGCAGUUCUAUCCUGCCAUUCUCGGUACAGAAAACAGGAGGCAAUAUGGAAAAACUGCAGUAAAAUGUACAUUAGAAAUCAACUUUCCCAUUUUUAGCUAUUUGGUCAGUUUUGUCCCCCAGUUGGAGAUUUGCUGCUUGCUUUUCUUAACCCCCAGCCCACCCUCAGUCUUUCUGUGUUGUUUCAUAUGAGGGGAAUAGCUGGUAAACUCUUCUGUUCACGCUAUUGCUGCUGGCUGUCGGGGCGGACAGUCUUAAGCUUCAGAGCUCAGUGCUGGGGUGCCUGACUUCUGCCCCCCGGCUCUAAGGGUUAGGGACUUGCUCCUCCUGAGAUGGCGAGACUCACACCACAGAAACCGCGCUAGUGCCUUUCUACAUGCACCCUACAGUAGGGGAAGGGAGGGGAGAUGAGGCAGUGCAGUCGCUUGACGGAAAUAAAUGUAGAGAAAAAAGAGCAUGCAGUGAGUCAUGCAAUGAGUUACAUAGCAGUAGUUGUUAAGAUAGCUUUUUACUAUUUAAAAAAGUCAGAUGCCAAAUUAAUGUCCUUUUCAUAUCAGUUGCCCGGUGUUUUUGUGUUGUGCUCUGUGUACAUAUGAGUGUAUAUGUGUGUGUGUGUUGACUGUAAUGCAUCAGCUAAUUUGGGAAAAAAAAUUGUAUAACGGGCCAGUAGAGGAACAUUCAUUUAAGACGUUAAAGAUUUUAUUAUUAUUACUGUUUUUAAGGAGAAAAUUGGAGGGUUUUUUGGCCAGAGGCUGUUCAAAUUGGCAGUGUCCUGAAAAAAAAGGAAAUCUUGGGCUUUGUCAAAUAGAGCCCAGGAGCAUGGCAGUCAUUUCGAAGUUGAAUCGUGAGUGCUGAAGGGAUGCAGUCUGGAGCUUCUGCCAUCAGCUGAGUCCAAGCCUCCUGUCUUACAGCAGUCUGCUCCUCCAUUCCUUAAAGGUACAGGUCUGCAAACGUUAGUGACUGUCUUCUCAGUGACAGUUUUCCAAAAUUGUUCAAGUAAAGCCACGUUAGUCUUACUGCUUUCCAGCCGCAGGUGAUAGUUCCAUUCCUCUCUGAAUUACGCGUAGCUGACCGUGGUGCUGGCACGGCUCGGCCCUGGCAUUCCUAACCCCACUGCAAACUAUUUCUGAGCAUUGUGGUAACCACGCUCAUCUGCUGGGGACAAAUGUUGUAAAUACUGUGCUACCAUUUGGGCUUGUAACAGUAAAAAGACAGCAGGAAUAGAUGUUACAGUAUUUGGGGGCUUUUACAACCAUUCCAGGGCAGGAAUUGGUGGCAACGUCUUGUUUAAACUAUUGACAGAAUAAAGAAAAGGGGCUGGGGAAAAGGCAUCUUACUACAUCCUGCACUGAAAAAUCAGUUGUACUUUCUCAAGCAACAGAGAACACUUCUUCGUUCUGUUCCUGGGUUUGAUUCUUAAGAUUAUACAGUUUAAAUAUGUAUAUACUUUGCAGGUGGUUUCAUAUGUCCUGCUUUUUUAUUUUGAAUCCUUCAGUGCUACAUUUUAGCAGUCUUCGAAACAAGUACCCAUUUGUUAAUUCCAGUUGGCUUACCCUAAGCCUGCAGCGUGCAUCCAGCUGAGACUUUUUUAAUAGGUUUGUUGGUUCUUCUUCAGUUUGAGAAUUGCAGUUCAGAAAUCUGUGUUGAGACCUCUGAUGCUUAUUUUGGAAAGCAGGUUUAAUGUGUAUGUUGGAAGACUUGCCAGUUUUCCCACUGUUUUUCUACUUCCCUGGACGUUUACCCAACUUUUUUGAGAGUGUUUUUGUUGUUGCUUUUUCCCAGUCACAGGGUGUCAGGUUUUUCUUACAAGUUUUUUUACUUUACUUCAGCUUAAGUGGCAUGUGUAAUGAACAAGAAUAUUGAGCCAAGUCUGUGUUUUUCUUUUGCAAUAUAAACAAAAUUUUUCAACAAACUGUGUGGGAUAGCAGCGUCAAAGAUGAAAUAACAAUUGAACCUUUAUAUUAUGGUGGCUGCUUCUUUUUUUCCCCUAACACAGAUUUCUAAACAUUUCUGAAAGUCCUUAGAACUUUCUCCCUAAGGUUUUUUUCUUCCUAAAAAUGUUGCCACAUCUUCCACUAUUUGUGUCUUGACAGUGCAUCCAAACAGGACUGUAAACCUUUUUGGUUCUGCUUUUGCUUCAUUCUUUGUUGUGUUUACCUUUUAGGCUUCUAAAUUUGUUGAUGUGUAUGCUUUUCCUGUAGACAUUAAGAGGAGUACUGUGUGUUCCUGAGAUACCCACAUCUGGCAAAGUCUAAUCCGGGAAAUCAGGAGUGAUCCUCACAUAAAUUAGUCCCACUGACCUUAAAUGAGUGCAUACUGCUCAAGUAAGGGCUCUUUGUGUAAGUAAACUUCAGCUGGAUCAGGGUCCAGAUAGCAGAUGAGGACUUGUUACAUUUCCAAAGCAGCCAGCAGACCAGUGUUGCAUAUAUCACAUUCACUGUAAAUCGUGUGACCUUAACAUGCUCUCUUUGCAGUAGGUGGUUAGCAUCUCAGGGUACGAGUCCUGAUGGAGUGAAAGAUGGUUUCAUCCGUCUCUGAGGAGGAAAGGUUCCCCUACAGCAGGAGCAGCUUUCUUAUCUGUAAAUAUGCAUGCAUGUAUUUUUGGGCAGGAAAGUAAUACCAAGAAAAUGAAGUUGAAAGGAAUUGAAAGAAAAAUAAAUGCUCUUGAAAUGCAACUUUGGUCCUGAAUCUGAAACAACAUAUGCACAAUCUGUUGCUGUGACUAAAUUGAUUUUUGCACAAAAUACCGUUUCAGUUUUGUACAGUUUUAUUUCCUGCAAUUUUGCAGCAUCGGGAACUUCAUUGCCUGAUACUGUUAGAUCAUAUCAGUCAGUCCUGCUGUGAUUAAAAUACAGAUGUCUAAAGCCCAAACUAUCUUCCUAUUCCUUCACCAGUACUGGGCUUCCCAACAUGGAAGAAGGAUGUUAGCAGUAACGGGAAAAUCUGUAACCCUUCCCUGAUGUUGACAAACCCUGCUUCCCUGUUGUGUUGAGUUCACAUCCAAGCUUAAAAUGAAAACCCUUUGCUGCAGCAAAGCUGUUGGUUGGACUAGAGGGCAGGAGUCUAACUGGAGAUUACUGGUUGUCUUGCUAGUUUGCGUCCCUUCACAACGUGACCCUUAAGUGUACUGUCACUGUAAAUAACAGUGUUGCUGAAUUUUACCAAAGUUCCCCUGCAGCGGAUAAUAGAAAACAGCCAAGUCUAUCUGGUAGUGACUCUCCAAACAGAGCUUUGUCUACAGUAGGAUUCAAGGGUCCGACUGCACUGCUGUUAAAUCUCAGUCACGGUCCCAUUAAAAUAUAGCUCUCUAUUUCAUGGUUUAUGUGGAAUUUUAAAACUUGUGUCAUAGUGACUAUAGCUUUUAAUCCUCAUAUGAGAACUGAUUAAAGGUUUCAUUUGCUAUACGAAGAAGCACCACAGCUCCUGAUGGAGCCUAUUUUCACUGUUGUCAGGCCAAGCUAGAUACAGCUUCAUCAGUGGCAUACAGCAGACAGCAUCCGUUCCCAUCUGCAGUUCGUGUGUGUGUCUUCAUUGAGCUAUGCAAGAAAGUUUCUCUCCAAAAAUCUCCCAGGAUCCAGUGCUGUAUAAGCAAGAUUCUAGCAAAUCAAAUGCCCUCUGCAAAGAACCAUUUUCACUCUGUAUGCGUGACAGCUGGGACUGGUGACAUUCUGCAGUGUUAGGGCUCCUGCUAACUUUGUUGUGAGAGAGGGAGUUUUUUGACUCUGACAGCCUUUUUGUACAAUGAAUAUGGAGUGCUCGGGGUGGGAAAAAAAAAGCAAAGAAUGCAUAGUGCCAGACAGCAUUAAAUUUUUGCAGCAGACAUUCUUGAUGUUGGUGGACAGAGGGGAAGAGAAAAGACUGGAGAAGUUAGCAUGGCUGCGCAAUACAAGCAAGCAGUGCUUAGCAAGAGAUGUCUCCUUGAGCAUUAAAUGCCUCCUCUUGGGUAUUUGCAUGCAUAGUUGCGUUCACAGAGCUCAUUCCCCCCUUUUUUUUUAACCGUACUUUUUUUUAGAUGAAGUGGAAGCUUUUCCUGUUGCAGGUGACACACAACCAUAAGUGAACACUUUCUUUACCAUCUACUGUUGAGCAGUAAGCAGGUUGCACAGCUUGCUAGAAAAGCAAUUUUUGUGACAUGGUUAUGAUAUGAUGUGCUUUCUUUCCCCUCUCUCCCCUGCCAGAUAUGGCUUACCCUUUCUACAUGAGGCACUGAGUGUGUUUUUUUGUUUUCUUCUGUUUUGUUUUGUUUUGGAGAUGUGUGGAGAAGAAGCAAAAUGAAGUGAAAAUGCAAGCCAAGGUAGAACAGCCUUACUUUAGGGGGUAGCCUUACAACAGAGCUUUAUAGUGAGUGUGCUGUAUUCCAAAAUAUGUAAGCCAAAAACAAACAAAAAGCAUUCAUUUAUGCAAAAAAAAAAAAAAAAUUAAAAAGAGGUGUUGGAAGACUUCUUUAAUAUGUACCUUCUAAAGGUAGAGUAAGGUCUCACCGAGUGAUACGUUAUUGUGAUACUUCUUGCUGGGUCAGUAGGGAUGGGUUGGGGUAUAAGCGCUUAAUGUUUUCCUCCUUGUAUGUUUUUACAAGCAGUAAGAUAAAUGUGGUAUUUAUGAAUGUGCCUUUGUGAGUAUAGUGACUGUCUAACUGAGGAGACCGCUUGGGCUGAAGGGGAGACAGUGGUCAGUUUAAUCUUUCAAGAGGUCAGAUGUUGAGAUUCCAGCCCACUGGUCCCUUUGGGCAAGCAGCAUCCUUGGGCUGGUCUCUGCGCUGCACAGUACAUAUUCUUAUGUGGUAGAGAUCGGGGUGGGGGGUGAGAAGGGCUGUAGUGUGAUGCACAGAAGCUGUUGGUAGUUUUAGGCUAGUCUGCCGUUGCAGGUUGAGUUUGUAUGUUUUAUGUGGCUUCUCUUUACGUUGGUGUGCAUGAGUGUGAGUGUGUGUGGCUUUAUUUUUUGUAAGCACUGGAGAAUUGAAACACAGUGAUGUUUGGGACAAAUUUAUACAUGUAGAGAAGUUGAUGUUUUGUAGCUUCUGUUAAAUAGUGGGUGCAGGAACACUUUUACCCUCUCUGUCCAUGUCCUGAUGAAAGAAACAGGAAAAUUUAUUUUUUUCAACCCGUCAACUUCCAGCACACUUAAUGUUGCCAUUUAAAUGAACAGGGUAUUACACAAGAAGAAAAAAGAGUUUUUGAAAUGGUGAGGUAGAAGUGUUUAAAAGGAAAAGAAAAUUGAAGUUAUUUUUUGUUUCUUUGAAGCUGUUUGUAGCUAAACAUGGGAAUCUGCAGUGUCUCCUUCCAUUUGUUUUUUUCUGAUAAUUCACCUCUUCAUCCCAUCCAAAAUGAGGUGUACGAGAUCAAGAGCUGUUGCUGUAGCCCUUCGUAAUUCCCACCAUGAAAAGAAACUCCAGUGGGAUCCCUCAGCUCUAUUCAGGAAGACAAAAGAGAGGAGAGACUCUGCAGUUUUCUUUGCUUCGCUCUCAUUCCUCUCUAAUGGCCUUGAAAUGUAUUAUUAUGCAAAUGUGAAUUUUGAUACUGAACUUAAGAAGAGGUUGUUUGUUCUUUUUUCAAAAAAAAAAAAAAAAAAGGUCCCAUAUGUGGUCAGCAUCGCUUCUUUAUUUUGUAAGUGAAUUGUAAACUAUGCAUUCUGCAAAGGGGGCGUAGGGGACAGAGAUAACUUUGCUAAACUGUUCAGGAGUUUCUGUGUCCAUGGUAUAUCCGUUACAGUUUGGGGGAGUGGGGAAGUGACGACUUAGAAAUAAGGAGUUGGUAAAACUUUUCCAGAAUUUGGCAGCUGGACAGAGGUUUGGAAAACCAAGGUAGAAUGCAAAAAAAAAAAAAAAAAAAAUUUAAACAAAUCCACUCUAAACCUUCUGCAGGAUUGUGAAUUGUAGCCAUGCAGUGUUAACCCAGGGCCAGUAGGGUGAAUGGGACACCAGCUCUACCUGGGGAACAAUCCACCACCUCCUGCGUUCUGGCCCCGGUCAAGCUCAGGAAACACAGUGCCAUAGGCACUGGCUCUUUUGGAUUUACUACUUGCUUUCCAUUACAGCAGUCUUGCACUCUCCCAGGAGAAUCGGAACACAGCUGGUCUGUCUGUUUACACCCGCUUUUCCCUAAAACUUUCAUCGCUGCUGCUUCUGGCACAGCUCAAAUAGUAGCAGCACAGCUACAGACAAGACAGUGGAGGUGGUACUUCUUCCUAGUGCUGAUCAAAGCAUCUACCAGUGCUUUGUCUUCUGGUGUUACUGUGGGUGAUUUAGCAUUAAUGUUAGCAUUAGAUGAAAUUCUGGGGAAUGUAGGCUGACGUGUAGACAAGGCUCUCUAUUUAAAAGAGGAGAUCUUUAUUAAGUGGUUGGUAUCAUAAAGGGCAAAAAAGGAUUUACUUCCUCACAUCUCCAAAAUGCAGUCCUUGUGAAUUGCACGUGUUCCGUGAAGCUUGCUGAGCUUCUAGGAGCAAUCUUCUCAGAAAAAUGUAGAUCUCACGGCCCUCUUCAUCAUCUUGAUAAGGACCCUUUGUUGACUUGACUUUCUCCUUUGUCCACGGUGCCAUGGUACCUGCAUUAUUCUUGGCAUUAUCUUCGAUGUAAUAUCAUAUACCGAGAGGUUAUCCUGCCUGUAUUCAGUGUUUUCAUGCAGCAGUUUUUGUUGACGUUCACAGUACUGUAAUAAGUAAUAGACUUGAUGAUCACUCUCGCAUCUGUGCCUGCCUUGCAGAUGUGAUCUUAUCAGGGUUCCACUCUGUCAGAUUGCCUUUAAGAAUAUGUAUAUGAAAAAAAAGUGGAAAAAAAAUCUGAAGUUUAAACUCACUCACAAGAAUACCUCGUGGUACAUUUCCCCUUCUCAUGUAACCAUUCAAAUCUUACUUUUUCUUCUAAGCUCAGUGGGUUUUUAUUUCCAUCUGUUAUCUCUUUUUUGGAAAAAUGUUUGGACUAUUGGUUUUGAGCACAGGACCAGAAGCCUGAAACUCCUGAAUUGUACCAUCGGCCCUUAUUCUUCCCUCUUUGGCCGCGGGCAAGUCAUUGAACUUCUUUGCCUUUGUUUUUUCACUUGUAAAACAGGGGUGAUAAUAACACUUACCUACCUCACAGGGGUUUUGUGAGGAUCAACUAGUACAUGUUUGUGAUGUGCUUUAAAGAGUGAAAGCUUGAUAGAAGUAUUAAAAGAGUUUUUACAGCAAGACAGUUCAUUCUUUUUUUUUUUUUUUUUUUUUUUUUUGCUUGUGUGGAGGGAGAGAACCCGUGACACUGUCUGUGAUAAAGCCAUUAGACACUCAGAUCCUAAGUAACAGAAGUUAAUGGAGGUUCAGUUACUCAUACUCAUCCUCUCUUCAUGCCAGUUUCCUCCUGCUGCUCUUGUAGGGUUACGCCAGUUUUGCUGCAGGUCACACGUCUCUAGUAAUACUUCUGGAUAAACCUUUGAACUUGAAGUACUUGUGCUUGCUGCUGCUUUCACCGGGUCUCCAGGUUGGAAUCAGUUUGUGUACUUCUCCCUCCCUUUCAGUAGAGCUUUUGUUCAUGUCAUCAUUCAGGUGGGCACAUCUUUUGCCACUGUGAAGGAGAGGCCGUGAUCUGCGGUCGGAGAGAAGGGCUAUCACGUGGAGAGCCAUACCACCUUGCGCUGCUCUGUGAACAAAGGGCAGCGUGGUUUCCCACUCCCUUCCCCAGAUUAAUGGGUCGGUGUGUUACCGGUGAGACUUUGAGCAGUGUCUCUCGGCCCGCAAUACCCAGAAGCCGCCUCCUGUCAGUAGGACACAGGAUUGGAGGGAGCGGCCCUCGCACCGUGAGGGCGGUGGGGCUGGGGCCUGCAGCGGUCAGGGAGCCUCGCUGCUUUCUCCAGUCUCCAACCGUGUGGAUGCGCGUCUCUGGAACGUGCGUUUGGGCCUUUGAGAGUCUGGCCUUUAAAAUGUCAAGGAGAUGGUGUCUGUGAAACCUCCUGUCUGACGCUGCCUGGUUCUUUCUGUGCCGCGCUGCCUCCCAUGGCCUUAGGGAUGUCUCUCCGCCCUCGCAGUGUGCCAUCCUCUCCAUCUCUGCCAGUACUCACAGGCAAAACGCAGUGCUUCUGCAGAGAGAGGAGCUGAAAUGAUGCACGUGCGCCCGCAGUGUUUCCAUACACAUAUCUUGCAUUUCUGCCGGGUGCACGCAGAGCAUCUGCUCCGCCAUGCUAUUCCUUUCUCAGACAGAGAACAGAACAAACGGCAGCACGGCCGCUGAUGGCAACUCUGCUAUGUUUACUUUGAACCCCAGGUUAGCUGUUUUCCCUCAAGAACCAAAAAAGCCCACCCUUCUAACGUAGUAACCAAAUGUAAUCUUCCAGAAGGAGGGAGGAGGUGCAGCGGUGGGAGCGCUCUGAUCUAUCCUCGUCUCCGCCGCUCGGCUGGAGAUGCGAAAUGCUGCUUUCAGUUCCACAAACAUAAGGGAUUAUGUUUACAAAGGUCAAUGCCUUCUACCUGUUCAGGAAACUGGCUGACAGUGGGCAUCAGGUGUCUGGCGAGCUUCUCCUCGCUGCGGACCAGCGGUGAGAGAAGGCGUGUCGAGAGGAGUGGGCAAUGGGUUCAUUUCAUCUGUCUUGUCAGCAAAGCAGUGCCGCCUUCCUCUCUUCAGGGAAAGAGGACAAAAAAAAGGCAGAAUGAAGGGAGGGGGUUGCAGAGCGGAAAUCGGUGAUGUCCGAAGUGGCUGGAUGAGAAAAGGCAGCUUUUCUACUUUGCACAUAACUAGGUAACAGGAAGGUACAGCUCAGUCCUCUUGCCUGAAACACUGUCCCCCAGCAGCAGACAUGGUAAUAAUAAAAAAUAGUGGCUGUGUAUAUUGAUGCUAUUUGCAAGUUACCUGUAAGUGUUUUUGGUCGUGUUUUGAGUUUUUGGUUUUUUUUUGUUUUCUUAUACUUGAAACAGCUUCCUUUGCUCAGCUCUCACCGUCGCUCUGCUUCUCCCCUCCUUCUCCCGCGUGCAGUAACAGAGCAGAGGUAGGGCCGGGGGGACGUGUGGGGGGGACGGAUGGCUCAGGGUCGGCCACCCAGGGCCGGGCCGCUCCACCCGCACGCCCCCAGGCACCACACUUCCUUCCCAAGGGUUCUCCAUGGACACAGAAACUCGGCACUUUAGCAGGUGCUCUCGUACGGCUGGCUGCCCCCCCCUUCUCCUCCUUUCCUAUAUUUUUAUUUUACCUUUAGUAUAGUGGUACUUAAAAUCACUGGUUCACUUAAAAAAAAAAAAGAAAAAAAAACCAACAACAAUAAAAUGUUUAAACUCUACUAAUGUACAAAUAAGCUGAAAUGUUGCAUUUUAUGUGUAUUUUUGCCAUAGCAGGUACUGUAUUUCUCAUGCUGGAUUUAGAAAAAAAAAAGAAAAAAAAGAAAAAAGAAAAAAAAAAGGAAAAAAAAAGCAAAAGCAAAAGCAAACAAAAAGGGUGGUGUUUUAUUGGAGUGUGACAAGUUAAGAGUAAUGAGGAAAUACGUCGUCGUCAUUUCAUUGAAACUGAGAGAUGGUGUAAUGCAUAUAUACGUUUUCUGAAGGUUUUUUUUGGGCUUUUAAACAGCUUUUUUUUUGUUGUUGUUUCGUUUCUAUUUUUUUUUUUUUUUUUGAAAGAUAUGAUUGUAUUAUGUGCAACUCAGUUGCUUACAUUAUAACUACAAAAUAUUUUUGGGUUCCUGGAAAAAAAAAAAAAGAAAAAAAAAGGAAAAAAAAAAAAGAAAAAGACUAAUAAAUGUGUUUGGCUGCUAAGCAUUUCA